UUUGACCGUAGCAAUAGACGAUGCGCAAUCUCAGAUUGCGCAUAUAUUUAUCUGUCAAACGGGUCGAUUUGAUAUAUUUAUCUGUCAAAAAAAAUUUAUAUAUCUCGGACAUAUAAAUCUCGAAAAUUUAUGCGCAAUCUUAGCGCAAUCUUGAAAUAAUAAGUUUGUUUACAUAUAGCGGUAGGUAUUGAAACGAAUAAAUAUGAGAUGAUGCGUUGAUUUUUGAACCAAAAAUCUAAUUAUGUUUUGAUUUCAGCCAUGGAGAACGAAUUGUCGAACGUGCCGAAUCGCCGGAAUUAUGAAAAAUUGGUAAAUAUAUAAUCAUUCUGUUUUUGCUACCGGUGUUUUUGUAGUGGAAGCAAUUCUUGGGUGUAUUUUUGUAAAUUUAUUUUUACUCGUAUUUUAUUUAAAUCGUAUAUGUUCAGUGUUUGUGAUUUGUGUAUGCGGUAGAAAUUUAGAAAUAUGGGCAACGAUUGAAUUAUUGUUCAAUUUUGAUUAUUUUACGGCUUGGAAAAAACAUAACCUCUGCUGCUUCUCCAGCUACCGGCGAUUUUUUUAAAACGACAGUUGCUUUGGAGUUUGUGAAAAAUUUGUAAAAAUUAUAGAUUGUAAAAAUUUUAAAUUGUAAAAAUUGUAGAUUGUAAAAAAGUUUAAAUUGUAAAAAUUGUAAAUUGUACUAAUUUUAUGUACCUAGCUAGCCUUUAUUUUUGCAGGAAUAUACCAUUGAACUGAAAUGUUUUAUUUGUACAUUGCAGCUCUUUGAGAAAUGACCUGGCUGUACCACGGAAUGUUGUGUUUCUUAUUAGUCCGCAUACACUAAUAAUGAUUUGGAAUCCUGGAAUCUAGGUUAUGCGGUUUUGGUCUUCUUCCAACAGGAUAUAUUUCAUCUGAUCCGGAAAAUCAACUAUUCCUUCUGGCCCUGUUUUCCUGCACCAUUUUUGCUGCAACCUCUACCCCAACUGCUACAAUGGAAGCUAUUGCUGUUGCCGCUGCGAUAAAAAAAAGUUUCUUAUUUUUACAGUAACGUUUAUGUGUAUUUUAAUAUUUUAUAUUACAGCUCUUUCGAGGUUGAGGACUGAUAAUGGAAGAAAACUGCUGCAUCUUCCGGGCCAUCAACAUAAUAACGGGGUCAUGCGGAUGGUGAAUGAUAAGUAAUUGAGUCGAGAUUAAUAGUUUUUUAUUAUUGAUUUGCUUCCAGAACGUUGAGCCAAGCCUUCGGCUAAUUGCCGAGGUGGAACGACGGCCUGCUUUAUGGCAAAAGCGGUCGGAGUUUUACAAAAACGGAAUUCGGCGUAGGGAUGCGUGGACCGAGAUUGGUAGAAUCUUGGAACUUACCGUCGAAGAGGCCAGUUAUCAGUGGAGGAAGCUGCUGACCAGCUACCGGACGUAUAAGUCCAAGCUGCGUAAAAGUCAGCAAAGCGGAGCAGGUACUCAUCAAAUUUAAAAUAAUAUGAAACUGUUCAAUGACAAAAUUUUAUCAUUCGUAGCGGCUGAGGACGUUUUUCGGCCAAGAUGGUUCGCCUUCGACGCGAUGAAGUUCCUUGACGAUACCAUGAAGGACGGCACGCAUCUCGAUACGUUCGAUGACGACCUAGAACAACACACCUCCACCCAAACCCACCCAAUCCCUUCUUGUUCCUAUUCCUCAAUUCCGCCGCAACCAACAAUCCCAGCACCAACCCCAGCACCAAUCCCAGCACCAACCCCAGCACCAAUCCCAGCACCAACCCCAGCACCAACCCCAGCACUAAUCCCAGCACCAACCCCAGCACCAAUCCCAGCACCAACCCCAGCACCAAGCCCAGCACCAACCUCAGCGAUGGAAAAUUGUUUCUCCAUGUUUGGCCAGUGGGUGGGUGCAUGGUUGAACCAUCUACCACCAGAACAGCAAAAUGAUGCCACCAACCAUUUGCGGCAGACGAUGCUAGAGUGGGAUCUUAAACACAAGAAAAAAUAAAAUAAAAAUAUUUACAAAACCAUACCUUUA